UUUAGAUCAGCUGACUCGCUAUCUGUCAAUUUUAACAAUCGGAAGUGGCUAGUUCGAGCCAUUUGACAGCACAGUUCUUUUCGAUUGAAAUCUUGAAGGCGACGGUUCUGUUUUUUCCUGCAUUUCCCGUUUCGUGUCAGAAUAUAAAGACUUAAACAUGCGUUACGUGGCUGCAUACUUGUUGGCUGUUAUCGGUGGAAAGGACGCCCCCGCCAAUGCAGAUAUUGAGAAAAUUCUCAGCUCUGUCGGUAUUGAGGUGGACACUGAGCGUCUCACCAAGGUGAUUAAGGAACUCAAUGGCAAGAGCAUUGAAGAUCUGAUCAAGGAGGGACGCGAAAAGUUGUCUUCGAUGCCAGUUGGCGGUGGCGCCGUAUCUGCUGCACCAUCCGCUGCUCAGGCAGCUCCAAGUGCUGGGGACAAGAAGGAAGCCAGCAAAGAAGAGAAGAAGGAAGAUUCAGAGUCGGAGGAUGACGAUAUGGGCUUCGCUCUCUUCGAAUAAGCCGACUCUGUCGACAUUCUACUUAAAAGUUGUAUAUAUAUGAAGCAAAACACGUGCAGAAGGGUUAUAUCGAAACAAGGAAAAGCUCUGCAAGAGCUGUCGCCACCUGAAUUGCAGCUAUACCACCAAUUGCGAUUCAAAAUGUAUUUCAUAACCCACAAAGUUGAACAUCAACCUUUAUUUCCGUGAAAUAAAAUCUGCAGUGUUGAAACUUUAUGUACCACAAA